AGGAUUGCUAUAAGAGUCCCCUCAGACUGACAAACGCAGUGUUGUAUCUGGGACGAGGCUGGUGACACAGGCGUGAUCUCUCUUCACUCAGUGAGCAGGAAACUCUAAGCUGCAGCUAUGAAUCGUCUGGAACAGGCCAUUAUAAACAUUGUGGACGUUUUCCUGGAGUAUGCCGCGGAUGACGGCAAGAAACGUCAGUUAAACAAGGACGAACUAAAGAAACUGCUGGAACGUGAAAUACAAAACCCUGAAUUAAAAGAUAAAAUCAGUGGAGACGACAUUGACGCAGCCAUGAAGACGGUGGACAUAAACAGCGACGGGGAGAUCAACUUUACAGAGUUCUCUCGGUGUAUGUCUAUGCUGCUCAAAUCCUACUACAACAAGAAAAUAGGCAAGAAAAACUAGGACCAAAAAACGACGACAAAGACAUGACACGACUGAAGAUUCAAAUCCAAACCAGAUGAUGUUUUUCCGCACCGUGACGUGUAAAACAUGACAUAUGCAUGUUGUGGAUGAUGUGUGACACACAAUCAGUCUAUUUGCAAAUCUUUAAUAAAGCUCAAGUCUGUUUUUUUACGAAACAUGCAUGCAA